CGCAUUAAAUUACGAUGUAGUUGACGUAGAACGUCAGUAUUUUGAAUUUGCCAUAAGCAAUUUAUAACGUUAUUUUGUGGAUAUGUUAAAAAAUGAAUUUAAAAGGGAAUUUUGUAAUUGUUUUAGUUGUGCCUCGUUUCAUCUGAAAGACCGAAACGUCAAACAUAUCCGUGUAUCGGAUGCCCAAAAAGUAUACGACGUGUACGAUUUCAAGGAAGAAAUUGGACAUGGUACUUUCGGGAUUGUCGUGUUGGCGGUAGAAAAAUCGAACACCAAGCAAUGGGCAGUUAAAAUCGUCCACAAAAACAUUGCAGGAGCAACAAAAUUAAUCGAAGUCAACCGGGAAAUACAAAUUUUGAAGGUGGUGGAUCAUCAGAACAUCAUCUACUUGAGCAAGGUGUACGAAUCGCCGAAAAAACUUUACAUGGUGUUGGAGUUGUGCAAAGCUGAACUCUAUAAAAUCUACAAGCACAGCAAGCCCCUAUCGGAAAAAGUAACGAGAAGAGUUAUCUACCAGUUGGCUGAUGCUGUAUCAUAUUUGCACAAAAACGAUGUGGUCCAUAGAGACAUUAAAAUGGAAAAUAUACUGAUUGCUGACAAUCCAAAAAACCACAACGACGAAUAUUUUAUUAAGCUGACCGAUUUUGGACUGAGCAUAGUCAAAGAAGGCGUCGGCAUUCAAAGUUUGAUGAAAGACUACUGCGGGACCGUUCUGUAUAUGCCUCCUGAAAUAUUGCAAAUGAAAACGUACAGCGAACUGUGUGACGUGUGGUCAAUCGGAAUCAUAAUGUACAUGAUGUUGUACGGAUCAAAUCCGUUUUACAAUCAAAACGAAGAGAUCCUCAUGCACAACAUAUGUUUCGAGGAACCCAAGUACAUCACGGAGGGUGUUAGUGAACAAGCUAUCCAGUUGUUGAAGUGCAUAUUGGAGAAAGACCCUGUCCAAAGGAUGACCGCGUCUCAAAUCAAGGAACAUCCUUGGAUCAGCGAGAAGGAAGGCCAGAGUUUGAGCAGGGGACAAAAUAUUGUAGAAAUGAUGAAACAAUUUCGAUUCGAAAUGAACAGUCUGACUGACCGAAAAAGCAGGGGUAUGAGUAUUAUUUGUGAUGGUCUUGAAUUACCGAGUCUCUCAAACACUAAGUUAGUCAAGGCAGGAAUAAAGCGUAGUACAACCAAAGUGCACAAAGACAAGUAACACGUUCUGCAAUUUUGUUUUUAUAUAUGUGAUUAUAUUUAUAUUUACAAAUAAUGUUUAUUGAUCUUUAUUAUUAAAAGGCUA